AUGUCUAAAGUAAUAGAAUGGGAUGGAGAGGCCUUCAAAAUGAUGGAAUUUGUGGACCUAAGUGUUUUGGAUUUUAGUUGGAAUUAUUGGAUAAAACAUAUACCCGAUGUUUCAGGUGCCCCAAAUUUAAAAGAAUUAUGCUUUGAAGGUUGUGAGAAUUUAGUUAAAAUUGAUGAGUCAGUUGGAUUUUUGGGUAAGCUUAUAAAACUUAAUGUUGAAUGUUGUACAAAGCUUAGGAAUCUUCCUUCCCUUAUGUUACCCUCUCUUAGGUAUCUCUUUAUUUCAACAUGUUAUAGUCUUGAGAGUUUUCCUGAAAUAUUAGGAAAAAUGGAAAAUAUAAGAUAUCUUUACAUGGUUCGUACUUCCAUACGGGAAUUGCCAUAUUCCAUCUGUAAUCUUACUCGGCUUAAAGAAUUAAGUAUGGAAAGUUUUGAAAAUGUUGUAUUGCCAAGUAGCAUUUUCAAGUUUAGAGAACUGGGCAGUCUGAGAUUUUCUAUUGGACAUGAGGUGCUGUUAUCUAAUGAUGAAGAAGAUACAGAGGAAGAGAGCUCAGUAUCGUGCUCAACCCCAACAUGUCUUGAUCUGUUCCAUUGCAAUCUGUCAGAUAACUUCCUGGGAAUAUUUCUUGCUCGGUUUCCCAAUGUGCAAGAGUUAAAGUUGUCACAUUGUGAUUUCACAAUUCUUCCAGCAUGCAUAAAAAAUUGUCACUUUUUGAGGAUUCUUGAUAUUUGUUACUGCGAGAAUCUUAAAGAGAUUAGAGGGAUUCCACCCAAGAUAGAAGAAUUGGAUGCAACUGGGAGCACAUCGCUGAGUUGUUGGAGUAGAGAACUAUUAUUGAAUAAGAAACUGCAUGAGGAGGUUGGAAAGAAGAAAUUUAUUUUGCCAGGAACAAGUAUUCCAAGUUGGUAUGAGCAUCAGAGCAGUGGACAACCAAUUUCUCUCUGGUUUCGUAAUCAGUUCCCAGCCAUAUCUCUCUCUUUUCUUUUCAAGGAGGAGUUUGAAACUCAUGGUGUUAUUCUCCCUCAAUUGAAAUUGGUUACCAAUGGCAAUCAGCAUGAAAGUCUCCGAUUUCCUACUAUUUUCGAUUACAGGCCGGGUCAUAUAAGUAUUUAUGAUUUAGAAGAUAUUGCGGGUGAGCAGUUUCAACAGAAUGAAUGGAAUCAAGCGGUGGUCUAUGUUUCAAAUUCAUAUGAGUAUUUUAUGAGGAGGCAACUGAGACCAGAAGAGAUGGGCAACGUAGAGAUUGGAGUGCAUAUAAUCAAAGAAAGAAGCAGCAUGAAUGAUAUCCAAUUCACUAAUUCACUUUUGGAGAAAGAAGAUCACAAUGCGGCCGGGAUGAGAGGUUAUCACAAUCACCAUAUCAAUAUGCCCGAGAAACGAGGCAGAGAGCUGGGAUUAUCACUUCCAGAAUUUGGCAAUAAUUUUUAUUGCGAUUUAUUUCCACACUUCCCUAGAAGCUCCGAACGAGGUAAUUGUUCCUGCUCUCUCUCCAUAUAUAUAUAUAUAUAUUUUUUUUUUCCCGAAGUAAAAUGAGCUCAACACAUUUAGUGGAGCAUACAAGAAGCAUAAAAAUAGUUUUGCAAUUCCUAUGUUAUCUUCGGCAUAGCCAUCAACAACAUGAGUUACCUUUUGCACACCACUCUCUAAAGCAACCAGACGUCUUAGCAACACACUCUACCACUGUCGCUGUCUUGUUCUGAAAAAUGACCUCAUUUCUACACAACUAGAUGUUCCAUAUUACUGAGAAGAAUCCCACUAGCCAUGUUUUUCGCGCAUCUUUUCUCAAAUUCAUCGUCCUCCAACUCUCAAAAUGUUCUUUUAUGGACCCUGGGACACUCCAAACAAGACCCACAUGACUUAUCCAUGUGCACCACACCUGCCAAGCAAACUCACAUGUAACAAACAAAUGUUGUACAGUUUCAAUUUCCUUGCUACACAUAACACAUAUGUUAUCACUUUGUUCAAUGAUGCCUAAUCUGCUCAAGCGAUCCUUUGUAUUAACUCGGCCUACCAGCACGAACCAAAUAAAUAACUCUUCCCGCGGUGGAACAAUUCCUUUCCAUAUUUCAUUUGUGAAUUUAUAGCUGAGGAUAUCAUCCGUCAAUGUCUAUACCUGCAAUACC